GACACGUAACACACGGUCUCACCAUCGCCAAGAACAAAUUUGUAGCCGCCAUUCGCAAUUUACUUUUUAGUGUUACUGUGUUAACACUUCUACAUAAUUUUUGGUUGCGUUUUCGCCUUUAUUUAUCCAGUCGUCGGAUCAGCACUCGGAAAUCACWAACAAGAUGCCUGUUCCCGCGCAAUCCAAAAUCGUCAAGAAAGGAAACUCGGAGCCUGAUCAGUUUGAGCUGUCCAUCGCCCAGGCCCUGCUUGAGUUGCAGAACAACAGCGACUUAAAGGCCCAACUUCGUGAGCUGUACAUCACCAAAGCCAAGGAGAUUGAGCUGUUCGGCAAGAAGAGUGUCAUUAUCUAUGUGCCUAUGCCACAGCGAGCUCAAUUCCAAAAAAUUCAAGCUCGUUUAGUUAGAGAACUAGAGAAAAAGUUCAGUGGCAAGCAUGUUGUAUUCAUUGGUGAUCGAAGAAUAUUGCCAAAACCAACUAGGAAAACAAGAACAAAGAGCAAUCAAAAGCGUCCAAGAAGCCGAACUUUAACUUGGGUUUACGAUGCAAUCCUUGAUGAUUUAGUCUAUCCAGCUGAAAUUGUUGGCAAACGUAUCAGAGUUAAAUUAGAUGGGAAACAAAUUAUGAAAGUUCAUUUAGACAAAACUCAGCAAACCAAUAUAGAGCACAAGGUAGAUACAUUUGCAUCUGUGUACCGAAAGUUGACUGGCAGGGAUGUGACUUUUGAGUUUCCAGAACCAUACUUGUAAACUUAGCCCAAUAAAAAUAUGUUUAUUUUAU